UUUUUUUUUUCUAUUUUUUUUUUGUAAUCUUCUUAAUUUUCUAAUAUCUAUUUUGCUCUACCUCCCGUGUGUUCUUUUCUUUUUCCUUAUUGGUUUUGCCUUUUUCUUUUUUAUUUGGCCAGCGGCAGCGGUUCCUCAGUCAUUCCCACCCUCGCCCCGAUGUCUUUCCAGGGUUGAUGUUCUGGUCCAUCGCUAUUGCGACCCUCUGCCGACGUGUGACUUUGAGGAUAACGUGAUGAGGGGAUGUCUUACCUGCCGCCAGCGCCAUCUGAAAUGCGAUAAGACUGGAACCGAAUGUCUGCGUUGUCAACGAUCUGGACGGCAGUGUGUUCCGGCGCCAGUAAAACCAGAAGAAGUUACUUUCCGACACGGACAGAAUCCUUCGUUGCGACCCAAAGGCCCCCCACGCUAUGGGGAAAGCGAUCUAGCGUUUCCCGAUGAUCAGAUCUGGGUUGAUAUGCCCCCUGAAGUUGCCUUUGAGGACGAAACCGAUCGUACAGCGGCCGAUUACCACGUUCUUGCGGCAGGGACGUCGUCUUUGUCCAUAAGAGAAGCCUCUGAGGGCCAAAAUUCAACAUCUGGGACGCUGGGCUCCCCUGAACUGCGUGUUGACGUGAUGUUCUCCCUACCUCCGGUGAUGAGCGAUCGUCAAAAGCUCAGCAACUUCAACGAAUCCUUUCUUCUCCGGCACUUCCAAAAGACGCUCGGUGCAUGGUUGGACGCCUGCGAUCACGAGAGGCACUUUUCGGUAGAUGUUCUUGAACGCGCGCCGUCGUGUCCACUCCUAUUAUACGCAUGCCUGGCCAUCGCUGCGCGUCAUCUCUCCCACACUACCAACUCGAUUCCGGCUAAUACCGCAGAUGGGUAUCACGAGCGAUGCAUAUCCAUUCUUCUUCCCGUGCUAGAGAAUCGUGGUUUUGAGACCAGCAUCGAGAUUCUCCUUGCGUCCACUGUGAUCCUGCGGUUUUUCGAGCAAAUAUCGUCCCAUGACCCAGCUAGUGAUCUCCAGCGACACCUGCUAGCCGGUUCUGUCUACAUUGGCUCUCAAGUCGACUGUGCCACCUCCGGCGGACUGGCGGAAGCAUCGUUCUGGGUAUUUGUUAUGCAGGAUAUCCAGUUUGCACUAGCGUGUCGAAAGCCCCUGCGCCUGACUUUCUCCCCGUUCGAGGAACGACUCCAACAGAUGUGGGGACAUAAAUCCCCUUUAGCCGACCGGGAUUGGGCGCACAAGGCGAUUUGGCUACUGGCUGAAACGAUCAAUUACUGCUACAAGGCAAAUCAAGUGCCUAUGAGUCCGACGGCAUUGAAACAGAAAAUAUCCUUGUGGGAAACCGGCCGGCCCGAGACUUUCCAGCCGUUGCAUUUUGCCCUGGCGAAUCAUGGGGUGGGAAGGCCAUUCCCGGUGGUGUGGUUCACGAAUCCCUGCCAUGCCAUUGCCGUGCAACAUAUAUGCAUGGCCAAAACCUUGAUCCAUGAGUUUGAAUUGCGGGGUUUGUAUAUGACACCGGGAUCGGGUACUGAUACUAAGAUUAUUGAGAACAAUAUUCUCAAAUACCUGGACAUCCUAUUUGGCAUCGCCUUAUCUACAGAUGACGAGCCAUCUUUGAGAAUCAUGGCAUGCCAUGCGCUCUGUGCCUGUGGCACCUGGAUCCGGAGUCCCCUCGCACAGAAUUGUCUCCUAGACCUCCUUCGACGAACACAAACGGAAAACGGAUGGCCGUGGACAUUCGUGGUGCAGAAACUCAGCAGCGACUGGAGCCACACUACAACGUAGCGUCCAGUAGGUUGUUCCUCCGCCGACCUAGACAGAACCGACCCACCACAUACACAAUACAACAUUGCCCAUGCGCAAUACGAUGCUCUACCCAUACACUAAACGAUACCCUGCACCGUGCAGCAGCCCACCAACCCACCAUCAUCCCAUCUCUCAAGAAAAAAACCCAAUCCGAUUCUCAAGCCACACAAACCAAACCACCAUACAAACAAACAGGACAAAAAAGGGAAAGAAACCCAACGAUCAGCACCAAAACUAGCGUCUUUCAAAACCGCCGAUCCAAACCCAACGACAGGCAAAAUAAGAACUUUAGCCAUUAGGGCACCACCAACCAACUCCCAGCGGUUGGCCCGGUUGGGGUGCGCCAUCGGUCGCUCGGUGGGGCGGGCUUGUUCCCCCCUCUCCCAACCUCAACCUCAACCCCAUAUCAGGGACCCACGUGGGGCUCGGUUCCGCGGCGCAGUUGGGCUCUAACUCCUCCGGCUGCGAUCGUAAUGUGAGGUGUUGGGUGUACCGUGUAACCGAAUUUUGACAUCUUGUUUUGUGAGUCUGGCUGUUGAGCGAUAGAUGUAGUUAUGAUAUGUUAUGAUAUU